UCAGAGUUCCCUUUGAGAAACGGUGGUUCUAUUCCAGAGUGUCAUUUUCCUGAGGAACUCAAAGAAAAAAACGCGUUGGAAGGAGACUUCCGUGAUAGGUGUUUUCUUGGUGAUGGUCAAUCAUACCGUGGAAAUGUAUCUGUGACACAGUCCGGUUACAAGUGCCAGUCCUGGACCUCCCAGUGCCCUCAUCGGCAUCAAAGAACACCAGAGAUUUUUCCCGAACUGAGUAACGCCGGCAAUGCA